AUGCUUUUAGGCGAAGUUGAUGGCGGAGCUGCGUCGGCAUCCCAGCCAGAGGAACUUCUCGCGCUGGACCAGCUUGUCCAGGCCAGCGCUGGUCCCUCUUCAAGCAUUCAACAACCUACGGUUAUGCAGCAGCUUGCGAGCUUGCCCACCCAGAUUAUGGUGACGCAGGUUACUGAUUCGAUGCAGGCUGCCGGCCUCGUGAAUUUUACUUUUACGCAGUCGGCGCAUUCGUCCUUUGUGCUUAACACGCACCUGGACCAGACGGGUUCGACUAGCGUUGGGGUUCUUACGCAGGCGCUUCGUGUUGUCCUGGCAGCACGCAAAAUUAACCAGCAGGCUGUUGCGCGGUUCGACCUUGGCUUUGUGCCUUUCCUAGUUACGGAUGCUGCGGAAGGCAUAGGCCUUCUCAUCUACAAGUGCUCUCUUAACCAGGAUAAGACCCGUGGAUCGGUUUUAAAGGUGGAUGUUACCAGCAACCCGCUAGUGGCUGGUAUAUCGUUGUUCCAGAUGUUCCAAGCGGGGACACAGCCGUUGGAAGUCAUCUUCACCGCCGAGGCGUCGAAGGUGGCGAUGCAGGCGGUGUCUAUCAUGCGAAUCAACUUGGCAAACAAUGGGCGCGACGUGCUGCUGCUGCUCUCAACGGUCGACUACACAGCGGAUGCAUCGGGACCGAAGAACUACUUCCUCCUCAAGCUGAGCUCAAUAACACCACCGCUACCCUGCUUUCAGCACCAAAUUGAGGCAACAAAGCCGCCGACAGCGUUCAUGGCGCCUGCGGGUGACGGUACCCUUGUCGCGCAUACGCCUGGAUUACCCGCUGCCGCUGGGGUGGGGGCUAUUCCGCAACACAAGCAGUUACAUGUGCACACGGGGUCGAGUCUGGGCCCGCCAGCCGCUGUGAUUGCAUCGGGCCACUUGCCGGUCGCCAUGGCGCAGGCCGCAGCAACUAAAUCGCAAAGCGUGACACCGGCGCCGAUGGCUUACCCUCACGGCCAGGCUGGAGCAGGGGCCGCGGCGUCGACGGGACCCAUGGGGCUACCUGCUGCCGCUGCUGGCAGUUCUAAGCAGCAGCGCGCGCGCAAGGCGGAUUACGUCAUCGUCACGGAGGACACAGCUAUUAAGAACGCGGCGGGCGCAAUAGCGAAGGUGCUCGGCCGUGUGUCCAAUCAGGGCCAGUGCUGCCCCGUCUACACUGAGAAGAAAACGGAGUCAUUUACGACAGUGAUUUCUGUGGCCGUGAAGGCCAUUGCCGUGGCCCGUGGCUAUGUCUGCAAUGAGGGCAUGGGGAAUGAGCACUCUCACCACCAGCACAUGGCAGGCGGCAUCAUGGCGGCAGCCGCAGCGGCUGCUAAGGGACCUCACGUCGCUGCCGGGCUGCACCUGGGGCUGCAUGGGCCGCUCAUAACUGCAGCCGGUCUCGCGGUUGGGGGCGGGAAGGGGCAAAACCCGAUGGACGCGUAUGAGCUGCUGGACGAGGAUGCGCUUACGGAUGAGCGGUGUGAGUUGGCGUUCGAUGUAUUCAAGGUGCCGCAGCUGCACGAGCUCCAUGAUGCGGGUAACCUGCCCGUCAAGGUCACGGCGCACAGCCGGCCUAACGUGGUGUCCAACAUUAUCUCUAAGCUGGUCAGUGAGCGCAGCGGCGCGGUGCUGAUCACUGCCGGCGGCAAGGCCAUGCACGUGGCCAUGACCGCCGUAGUUUCGGCGCGCGCGCGCCUGAAGGCGAAGGGCAUUGAUAUCAUUCUGCUGCCCAAGUUUGUGACAGUGGACACGACGAGCACGCUUGGGUGGGAGUCCGUGUUCCUACGGUUCACCAUUGUGCGCUGGGCACCCGUGUCGCCACCUAUGGCAGCGGCCACGGCGUCACAGCUUCAUUCAGCGGACACGAUGGUUAUGGCAGGAGCACACUACCUGCUACCUCAGAUGGGUUGA